AUGUCUGCACAAUCACGCCCACAUCUCAACGUUUACACUGGCCCAGACAGCAUCCGGAAUUACUUCGACCCAGACCAACAGCCUCCUCUACCACUCGUCGAAGUCCCCCUAUCGCUCAACCCCUUCCACCAAGAUGGGGUGCGCAUCUACGCAAAGAUGAUGUCUACACUCCCAGCAAACAAUGUCAAAUCUCUCCCAGCAUUGAAUAUGUUACAAAAUGGCCAAGUGAAGCCAGGCAAAACUACGACGAUAGUUGAGUAUAGCUCAGGCUCGACGGUCGUGUCUAUGAGUAUGAUCGCGAGGAUUUUGUAUGGGAUAAAAGAUACGAGGGCCUAUUUGAGCAAUAAGACGUCGCAUACGAAGUUGCAGAUGAUGCGGUUUUUUGGGUUGAAUAUAUCUGUCUUUGGUGGGCCAUCACAGCCCGAGCCCACGGAUCAAAGAGGCGGCAUCUAUCGCGCCCAUCAGUUGGCGCAAGAGAGAGAUGACACGUGUAAUCCGAAUCAAUAUUACAAUGAUUUGAACUGGGCUGCACAUAUGAAAUGGACUGGGCCACAGAUUAUGGCCCAACUACCACAGAUCAACGUGUUCUGUGCCGGCCUAGGAACGGCAGGUACCAUGACGGGGAUUGGCACGUAUCUCAAACAAGUCAAGCCGUCCAUCACAAGAGUUGGUGUCUGUACCACACCUGGCGAUCGCGUUCCCGGGCCCCGAUCCCACGCUCUGCUUGCGCCCGUUGAUUUUCCCUGGAAACAAGCCGUCGAUUACAUGGAGGAGUGCGGAUCUCAUGAUGCGUAUCGGCUCAGUAUGCAGUUGUCGAGAGAGGGGCUCAUCUGUGGGCCGAGCUCUGGGUUUAAUUUACAAGGCCUCUACAACUUUCUCCAAAAACGAAAAGAUGCUGGAACGCUAAAGGACCUGGCUCAGGAGGACGGUGAGAUACACUGCGUGUUUGUAUGCUGUGAUCUCCCCUACCAGUAUCUUGAUGACUAUUUUGUGAAACUGGGCGAAGAUUACUUUCACCCCAUCCAGAACAGCAAUCUUCUUAACGUAGACCUCUACCGCUACGACGAAGCAUGGGAGCUCGACCCCCCGAUUGCUUUGUCAAAGCUUUAUUCGACAACGGUGCCAAUCCAAUGCCGCCCAGAAUGGCUCCUCAUAGACCUACGCAAUACCACUGAUUUUGAAGCUGGCCAUCUACCAGGUGCGUUCAAUUGGCCACUUCAAUCUCUUGUCGCGGGCGGGAAGAGUCCAUUCUUCGAUAGUCAGGUCCUGGAGACUCAAUGGCUGGAGCUAGAAUCGUUAUUCGGAUCGAAGAACAAGGAUUCCGAGAUCCUGAAGGAGCUGGAAAGCCCAGGUCGCUCCGUCAUGCUCUUUUGCUACGAUGGCGAUACAGCGCGGGUUGCUACGAGUGUGCUACGAGCGAAGGGCUUCAACGCCUGUAGUGUUAGGGGAGGGAUGCUUGGUUAUGAGUUUGGGCAUUUGCUUGUCCCAGCGAUGAAAGCGGGGGUGUGUGAACAGCAACAACCUCAGCCGCAACAAAUUGCUAUAAUUUGA